AUGUCAGGCAACUCCUCACCUAUCCCUGAUUAUCUCCUCAUCCAUUCAGAUGCUUUUUCAAUGAAACCACGUAUGCACUUUGACGAUGUCGCCUGGGAGAAAAGCACGGACAUCUAUGAUGACUGGCCAUACACUCUCUAUGAGCAAGUUGCUUACAAUGACAUCGGGGUAUUUCUUCGCGAACACUAUCGGCCUCGUCAACAUCAAGAGUUUCGCCCCUUCAAGACAGGCGGUUUCAAUACCAGCCUCCUAAUGACAUUCACCGAUAAUAGCGGUGCAGUUAUCCGGUUCCCAUUGCCUGGUGCUGUCAUGUUUCCCGAAGAAAAAGUUCGUAACGAGGUCUCUACCAUGCGGUUCAUCUUGGACAAAACCAGAACUUCAGAUAAAAUCCCAAUCCCAGUACCUUUUAUCUCUCACUGGGGCCAAAGAACAGAGAGCCCCUCAAAAGCCGGUCCUUUCAUCAUUAUGGACUACAUCAACCACAAGGGAACUAUGAGAGACCUUCUUCAGAUUCCGAGCCGCCAGCCAGGAGAGCGACCGGUACUUAAUCCCGAUCUUAGCAUUGCUAGGCUCGAAGCUCUCUAUGGAAAACUAGCCAACAUGGUCCUUUCACUGUCUACACUUGCUUUCAACCAAAUAGGGUCCCCUAGCCUCGAUCAGAACGAUGACUCUACGUGGAAAGUGAGACAUCGACCUUUGUCAUAUUCCAUGAACGAAAUUGUGCAACUAGGGACGUUACCACGAUCGAAACUACCGACCCCGACCACCACGUACGAGAAAACGUCCUCAUAUUUUGAAACUCUUGCAGAGCUACACAUUUCACACCUUAUAAACCAAAGAAAUGACGCUGUGGACUCGGAAAAUGACUGCCGACGUAAAAUUGUGGGGAGAUUUCUUUUCCGAAAAAUUAUUCGGGACCUAGAGUUACGGAAGAAAUGGGUAUCCUAUGAGACUGGCCCAUUUCCGCUUUGGUGUGACGAUUUUCGACCAGAAAAUGUCCUAGUUGAUGAAGCCGAAACGAUCACCGGGGUGGUAGAUUGGGAGUUUACGUAUACCGCCCCCGUCGAAUUUACUUAUGCGCCGCCUUGGUGGCUUCUCCUUGAAAAGCCAGAGUACUGGUCUAAAGGCCUUGAUGACUGGUGUAUGGAAUAUGAGAAACGACUUCCGGUCUUUCUUCGCGCGAUGAGUAACUGCGAAGACGAAGCAAUUCGGACCGGUCGACUGACUGAGAGUCAGAGGCUCUCUAUUCCAAUGCGAGAGAGCUGGGAAAGCGGAGACUUUUGGAUUAUGUAUGCUGCAAGGGGCAAUUUUGCUUUCGACGCGAUAUAUUGGCAAAAGAUUGACCAGCGAUUCUUCGGGCCGACGACUACAUGCCUUGAUCCUAGCAAUGCUUGGAAGGAGAGACUAGAUGUUUUGGAACCGGAAGAAAGGCAAAAACUGGAAGAAUAUGUCGAUUUGAAGCUUCGACAGAUGGAAACAAGGGUUCUUGCUUGGGACCCAGAUGAGCACACCCUGGAAUACAUGGCAAAAAUGAAUGCUUGA